CCUGCCCUUAUAAAAACCCCACCUCCGAGUACAUGCAUACACCAACAUUUGGGGAAACGAGGAGAGUUUUAGAGAGAGAGAGAGAAUAUUGGAUGGGAAAUUUGGGGGAAAUUGAAGAAAUUGAGAAAUGGGUUUCACCAGCUUCUGCUUCUACCAACAGAACAAUGCCUAUUCUUUCUUUAAAUCAUGUCUCCUUUGUUUGCAAAUCUGUUCCUGAGUCUGUCAAAUUCUAUGAAGAUGUUUUGGGAUUUGUUCUCAUCAAACGACCUUCUUCUUUCAAUUUUGAAGGAGCUUGGCUGUUCAACUAUGGUGUUGGGAUUCAUUUGCUUGAAUCAGACAAAGCCCCAUUAAAGAAAGGUGCAAUAAAUCCAAAAGAUAAUCACAUUUCCUUCCAAUGCUCAGACAUGGAUCUUGUUGUUAGAAAACUAGAGGAGAAGAACAUUGAGUAUGUGACAGCAGUUGUAGAAGAAGGUGGCAUAACAGUUGAUCAGCUUUUCUUCCAUGACCCAGAUGGCUACAUGGUUGAGAUCUGCAAUUGUCAGAAUCUUCCAGUCCUUCCUCUUUCAUCAUGCCCUCUCAAGCUGCCUAAAGCCAAUGGGAACCUUCCAUCACCAGCAACAUAUUAUGGGAAGAGAAGCUGGGAAAUGGCUUGCUCCGGCGGAGUUGCAUCUCUGAUGAUGGAGAACUUGGUGGUGGACAUGAUGGACAUUUCGAUCUAAUGGAGUGGAGGAGAGUGAUGAAAAUGGAAGUUUUGAUUCAGUAAUCUGAAAAUAUUGUUUUGUAUACAUUUGUGUAAAGAAAAGGGUGAAAGCUUUGUAAUGUGAGGAAAAUUGAAUUUGGGGGGUUUAGCUUUUGCUUUUAUUUGUGAGCAAUUUCUUAAGUUCCAGUGAAACAGUAUGCUUCCUAAAUUGGCUUGAUUUUUGUGUA